AUGGAUGUAACAAACCAAACAACAAUGAAACAGUUUUCUUGGGUUUUCUGUCUGAGACUCACAUUGUUUGUGAUAUUUCUCACUGUGUAUCUGCUCUCCCUCAUGGGGAACACUCUCAUCAUUUUCAUUUUACUCAUGGACAUCGCACUCCAAACACCCAUGUACAUUUUCUUAGGAAAUUUGUCAUUCCUGGAGAUAUGGUAUAUUACAACUACAGUGCCAAAAUUGCUGGCAUCCUGCCUUUCACAGGUUGUCACCAUCUCUGUUUCUGGUUGUUUAACCCAGUACUACUUCUUUUUCUCCCUGGGAGCUACAGAGUGCUUCCUGCUUACUGUGAUGGUCUAUGACCUGUACCUGGUCAUCUGCAGCCCUUUAAGGUAUUCACUUCUCAUGAGCCUUCAGAUGUGCCUGUGGUUUUCAGCUGGAUCUUGGAUUUGGGGCUUCAUUGCCCCUCUCCCACCAACCAUACUCAUCUCCCUCCUAAACUUUUGUGGUCCCCAGAAAAUCAAACAUUUCUUUUGUGACUCAGACCCCAUUUUUAAACUCUCCUGCUCAGAUACAUUUUUGGUGGAGACUUUAGGCUACAAAUGUACCUCUAUCAUGAUUCUAAGUUCUUUCCUUCUCACUAUAUCUUCCUAUGAAUACAUUGUGGUCAUAAUAAUCAGGCUGUCUUCCCAAAAGGCUCAGAAGAAAACCUUCUCUACCUGUGCCUCCCACCUCACUGUGGUCACCAUUUAUUACACCACCAUUAUCUUUGCCUAUGUUCACCCUCCAGCCAAACACAACUUCACCAUUGGUAAAGUGAUCUUGGUGUUCUAUUGUGUUGUCACUCCCCUGGUAAAUCCUCUCAUAUACACCCUGAGAAACAAAGAUGUAAAGACAGCUUUCAGAAAAGUUCUAGAAAGAAAGAGACUGAUUUUGACAAGAAACUUGUAA